UCCAUAUUCCUUCCACAAUACACACUAACACUUCAUCAAAGUUUAACUCCUUUCCUUCCUCUCUCUCUCUCUCUCUCCUUCUCUAUCCUAGUUUUGGCCAAUGGAAAACUCUUUACUAGUACUACUACUUGUGUUUUUGCUUUGCCUUCCCAUGAAUGUAAUUGAGUCUUCUCCAUCUCAUUCUGACAAGAUUUUUAAGCUUCCAGGACAACCUCAUGUGGGUUUUCAACAGUUUUCUGGUUAUGUCAAAGUGGAUGAUAAGAAGAACAUUUCUCUGUUUUAUUACUUUGUGGAAGCUGAAACAGAUCCAAGUUCAAAGCCUUUGGUUCUUUGGUUAAAUGGAGGCCCUGGUUGUUCUUCUCUUGGGGUAGGAGCAUUCUCUGAAAAUGGACCUUUCAGACCAAAUGGGAAAGUCUUGCUUAGAAAUGAAUAUAGCUGGAAUAAAGAGGCAAAUAUGCUGUAUUUGGAGACACCAGUUGGAGUAGGCUUCUCUUAUUCCACUGAUAGUUCCUCUUAUGUGGCAGUGGAUGAUGAAGCAACAGCCAGGGAGAACCUUGUGUUCUUGCAACGUUGGUUCAAGAAGUUUCCUCAGUACAAAAACUCAGAUUUGUUCUUAACAGGCGAAAGUUAUGCAGGACACUAUAUUCCUCAGCUGGCAAAGCUUAUGGUUCAAGUAAACAGAAAAAAAGAGGUCUUCAAUCUCAAAGGAAUUGCUCUGGGAAACCCUGUUCUUGAAUACGCAACUGAUUUCAAUUCAAGAUCGGAGUUCUUAUGGUCACAUGGGCUGUUAUCAGACACAACAUACGAAAUGUUCACCUCAGUGUGCAACUAUUCCAGGUACGUGAGCGAGUACUACAGAGACGCAGUUUCACCAUCUUGUUUGAAUGUGAUGACCAGAGUCAACGCAGAAACCAGUAAGUUCGUGGACAAAUAUGAUGUUACUCUCGACGUUUGCAUCUCCUCAGUGUUGUCCCAAUCGAAAAUCCUAAACCCUCGACCCCAGCUAACUCAAGUGAAGGAGAGGAGUGUGGAUGUGUGUGUUGAAGACAAGGUAGUGAGCUAUCUCAACAGAAGAGAUGUGCAGAAGGCUCUCCAUGCUCGCCUCGUUGGUGUUCGGAGAUGGGAUGUUUGUAGCAAUGUAUUGGAUUAUCAAGUGUUGAACGUGGAAUUGCCUACCAUCUCCAUUGUGGGAUCACUCGUCAGAGCUGGAGUUUCAGUUCUGGUUUACAGUGGGGACCAAGAUUCUGUGAUUCCAUUGAUGGGGAGUAGAACAUUGGUUCAUAAUCUGGCUAGAAAGUUGGGCCUCAAGACCACCGUCCCAUACAGAGUUUGGUUCCAGGGAAAGCAGGUUGGGGGAUGGACUCAAGUUUAUGGAAAUGUAUUGUCAUUUGCAACAAUAAGAGGUGCCUCUCAUGAGGCUCCCUUUUCACAGCCUCAAAGAUCUCUCAUGCUCUUCCAUUCAUUUCUUCAAGGCAAACCCCUCCCUGAAUUUUUUUGAUAUAUUUUUAUUCAUUUAUACAAAUAUAUGCUAUUUAAUUGCCUUCAUUAAAUUAGUCUUGAGUUGUAAUGGAUCCAAUAGAAUUGAAUUUUUGCAAAUGAAAAAAAAAAAAAAAAAACCAUACAACAAUAGUAUAGAAUACAAUGUAACUUGACCAUUAGUACCAUAUCCAUAUGUGCUAACUGAUCAUAAGAAUCUUUUUU